GAAUCACACAAACGUAAUAAAAGCAAACUGCAUAUUGUAAACCGUAUUACCUUGAAACUAGCGUUAUAAUGUUUACCUACUGAAUCUCAAUUGGAUGUUUAUUUCGAAAUAUUUUGAAAUGAAGGUCGUUGGGGUUUUGAUGAGUGACGCGAAGGUGCGCAGCAUUGGGCUAGAUUAUCUUCUGAACUCAGAGAGGGAUGCUCUUCAGUUCAAAAAGAUAGAUCCAUUAAUAGACAUAUCAGAACAAGGACAGUUCGACGUAAUCUUACACAAAAUACCUGAAUUUUUGAGGUGUGAUACCAGCAUACUAGGCAGACAAAUAGUGGAAAAUUUCACAAACUACAUAGAAACUAACCCACAUAUAAUCUGCAUUGAUCCACCACAUUCCCUUAAGCGCUUGCUGACACGGUUUGAUCAGUUUCGUUUACUGAAAGUUAUUUUAGAUGCACUAAACAUAAAUAACCGAAUAUUUGUUCCGAACUUCUGUAUCUUAUCGCAAAAUGAUCCAACCACAUUGCUUAAUGCUGAUAUUUCUUAUCCCAUAAUUUGCAAGUCAUUAAUGGCCCACGGAGAAGACAGUGUACACAAGAUGGCUGUGGUUUUCAACAACUCAGGUUUAGAUUCACUUACAUAUCCUGUAUUUGCUCAACAAUUUAUCAAACACACUGGGAAAGUAUUGAAAUUAUUUGUAAUUGGUGAUCACACUUGUGUAACUGAGGUUCCUUCUAUCAAAAACCAUAAUAAAUCUAGUGAUAAAUCUCCGAUAUUUUUUCAUUCACAUAGUGUCUCAAAGGAAGGCUGUAAAUCACCAUUAUCUGACCCAUGUUCACUUUUCGACAAACAAUCCGUAUGUACCUAUGAUAAUGUGCUUUUCAAUCUAUUAGCAGCUGAAAUUCGUAAAACCUUGGAAAUAGAUCUGUUCGGUGUAGACCUCAUAUGUGAAGCUGAGAACUCAACACCUGAUUCACCUACAGAACCAGCCAGAUACGCUAUUAUCGAUAUCAAUAUCUUUCCAAGCUACAAGAAUGUUCAUGGAUUCAUCUUUCAUUUAGAAAACCUAAUCAGGAAGAAGCUCUCCUUACCUUUACUCUCUAUUAAUAAUAAUAACAAUGGCAGCAACGGGGUAGAGUGAACGAAGAUAGUCUCUUUUUCAAAAUCCUAUUUUACUUACAAAUGCUGACAGUAAUCAGUCAUGAAUAUAGAAAAAGAUUUUAAAUCUGAUUAUUUUUAUACUAGAUUUUGUGAUAAUUUGUUUGAAAUUUUUAAAAAACAGUUGUUGUUUUAUUCUAUUUUUUCAUAUAAUACAAUGACUAAUUUUUCUAAUUACAUUCCCUCAGCAAUGAUUUUCAUUUUGUUCUAUUAAACUACCUAAUUUAUAUACAGCAACAAAUAAUUUUUGUAUGAAUUAUUUGAAAUAUAUGAGUGGUUAAAUAAAACAGUAAAAAAAAUCAUUCUUUAUCGUC